CGUUGCCCAACACAGUCACAAACUCAUAAAAAAAUUGUUGCCUUAAAUAAACGAAUAUAUAUUCAGAAAAGGAAAAUUGUUCAAGCUGAAGUCAGAUCAGAGCGCACAACGUAAGCAUGGAGGUGUGCGGCAGUGUGAUGACCAAUUCGAAGUACGAGAUGUUCCGACUGAAAUGCCUCUACUGCAGCAUAGAGAGCGAGCUGAAGGAUUGGGAGCUGUUCAUCAUCCAUGUGAAGACGGCGCACUACUGCGAAGACGAGGACGUUAAGAUUAAUGAAAUCAAAGAGGAUCCCGAAGAGCUAUACUGCGUCGUUGACGCCGCGGACCCAGCCAUCGCCUAUGGGCCGGAUGAGUUCUUCGAGGUGAUCGAAACCAGCAAUGGGGUCGAUCAAUGGAUGGAAGCCGACAGCAAGGAUAUCCAGUGCGAGGAAGACGCCACUGCAGCUACAAACCAUUUCUGGGAGUUGGAGCCAGGCGGCAGCUCUUUGGAACUUCUAGCCGAAACGGAAGUCACGCAAAUGGACGACUCUUCUCAAAAUCACAUACCCCUAAACACAGACGAUGAUGAUGUUGAUUGUAGUGACUUCUUUAUGUCUGAGGAUGACUUGGCACCUCCUAGGAAACCUGGGCGUCCGCCCAGGCGAACAAGACCAGGACAGGUUUUCAAGUUCAAAGUUUCGUUUAUUCGGAGCAAUCCCCGUGUGCUGCAUUUGAUCCAAGCGUACAAAGAGCAUCCCUGCCUUUGGAACCCUUCCGAUGAACACUACCAGGACGAGCCCGCUCGAAGCAUGGCCUACGAGGCGAUAAUGGAACGCAUGGACCGCAAGGCCAAUGUUCUCUUCACCGUGGAAGAACUGAAGAAAACGAUCGAGCAACUACACGUGCAGUACACGCUGGCUUCGGAGACAAAACAAAGGGGAAAACUUGUUGGUCUUGCAGCGCGUUACUUUGCCAAGUGCGAGUUCCUCAGUGUGGCGCCUGUUGUAACGCCUAGGGAUAACGAGGAGGACAACGACUUGGCUGCAAUUAAGCUUAAUUUUAAGGAGGAAAACCUGAUAACCAGCUCAUUCAUAGAGACCUAUGCCAACUAUCCCGUGCUGUAUAAUCAAGCGUUGCCAGACUUUGGCUCGAUAGAGAUUCGUGCAGAUGCCUUCAAAAGAAUGGCAAAGGAAUUCCAGCCAGUGGUGAAGGCCAACGAAACGGACGUUUACAUUGCGGUCAAUAAGCUGCGCCGUUGGCUGUACGAUGCCAUUCGUCGUCUCAAAUCCAAGGAAUUAAUUCAGAAGUGCAGCAAGCAAGAGGUGCAGUAUCUGCAAAUGUGCAGCUUCUUACCCGCCAAGGGUUCUGAAAGCCAGGUGCUGUACUGCGACUACUGCGACAAACGUUUUCACGGCGACUACAACCUACGGGUGCACAUCGUCAAGGCUCACGAGGUGGGCGACCUACCGUACCUCUGCUCGUUCUGCCCGAGGCGCUUUGACCGCCACGUAGACAUGGACCGUCACAAGCUGCGUUCCCACUUCGAACGCAAGCUGAAGUGCCAGUACUGCGAAAAGUCGUUCGCCGUGGAUACCGACCUAAAGGUGCACACACUAAUCCACACGGGCGAGCGGCCUCACGUCUGUGACAUCUGCGGCAAGACAUUCCGGCUCAAGCUACUCCUGGACCACCACGUCAACGGAGUUCACCUGAACAUUAGGCCCUACAGCUGCAACAUGUGCACCAAAACCUUCCGCAAGAAGUUCGAGCUGGCCAACCACAUCAAAGGACAUUUGAAUAUCCGUGAUAAGAAGUGCGAGUACUGCGAUGCCACUUUCUAUGACCACUCUUCGCUUUCCAGACAUCGCCGCAGCCAUAGAUCGGAAUGAACUCUCGCCUUAAGGGGCAUUUUUAGAAACUGUUUUAUUUUCUGAUAAUUAGAAUCAGUUUACUCGUUCUCAGUAAGUAAUAUGGCUUCAUUUGAUGUAAAUCAAGAAUAAACUUACGUUAGAGUA